AUGAAUAUAGUGAAUUUACCAGAAGAGAUUCUUAUCAUCAUAAUUAAACAGCUGGAUUUAAUUUCUUUGUACAAUUUAUAUACAGCGUGUUUUCGAAUACGCCAUAUAAUAAGUGUAUGUAAAGUUAUUAAGGCAUGUGAUUUGUCGCUAAACACAAUGGCUACAGUGCAAUCACUGAAAUUGAACUUUUUUAAAGAUAUUUCAAGACACCUGCAAGAGUUAAAUAUGUGUGGUGUUACUGAUUUAAGUAAAUCUGUCCUUCUGCCGGCUUUGAGUAGAAUGAAGAGUUUAAACACGUUAAACGUUUCUUAUACUAAUAUCAACAUAUUUGAUUUUGUUGAACUUUACCAAAGUUGUCCUAGCAUAAAAAACAUAAGUAUAAAUUUCACAUUCGGCAAAACUAGUCGUGUCAAAUUAUUAAAAAAGUCUUUGUUACAAUGUCAAGAAGUUUUUAAAAAUUUAGAUUUUGUAAAUUUCGUCGGAAAUCUUAGUAAUUUAAUAUAUUCACAAUUACCAUUAUUUAUUUUAUGUAAAAGUAAAUUGAAAACGCUACAAUACACAGUGAUAGAAUGUGACAUGACUACUUACGAAAAUGAAGAUUGUGAGGAAAGAGUGCAAUUCAAUCAAUUUUCAAUAUACUUCUUAGAUGGGAAAAAUUCUAGUGUUUAUUAUGGAUUUAUGCAUGAAAUGCUUUUAUUUAGUAUGUUGGAAUUUCAUAAUUAUGAAGUCAUUAUUAUAAUUCGGUUAAACUUAAAGAGUGUUUCUCUUUAUGCCACCCCUGUUUAAAAAUUUUUUUAUUGAGAAUUUUGAUAUAAACAUGGAUUUGAUAACAGACUUUUCGAUAUCUAUAUUUGGAAAUGUUUUUGUGAUGCUUUGCAAUAAAAGUACGACAGUAUUUGAUGAAAA